AUGAGUUCUUUUGGUAUAUCAAAUGGACGGGAUGAAGAUGAUUUAGAUCUUCAACGUGCAUUAGCAGAAUCUCUUCGUGAAUAUAACAAUUUCAACAAUAAUUCAAGAGUUGUUAUUAAUACACCAGAGGAAAAUAAAAAACAGAGAAAAUAUGACGAUCUUGAAUAUAUUAAUAAAUCUGUGACUUUUAAUGACUUAAUAAGCUAUUCAAAAUCUGUACAGAAUGAAUUGGUCAAUAUAUUGAGUUUUAAUAAUAGUAAGAAAAAAAACGACGUCGAUUCUCUAAUUCAGAUACUAACAGGAGAGAAAGCUGGUAUAGAUAACAGUUCAUAUGUAAAUUAUAACGAGAUUUAUGAUUGUUUAAGAGAUACAGAAUUAAAACCUUUACCAAUAGAGAAAAUUAAUGAUUUAGUUGAUGUUAUUUUUGGGACCAAAGGAAAUAUAUUGGCUCAGGAUGAAGACAUUAAAAGAUGGAUAAAUCAUACAAUUGAGUUUAUAUUUGAUUCAGGUCCAAAAAUAAAAGAUGAGAAAAAAAAUGAAAAUCAUGAUAAAUCUAAUUUUUUAGAAGGGAAGAAAUCGAUUUUUACUUUUAAAGAGGACUUUACCAGUAUGAAUUACUGUCUAAUUCAACAAGGUGGUGGUCCUUGUGGUAUUUUAGCUUCUUUAAAUGGGUUUAUAGUGAGUCAACUAAUAUUUAAUCCUUUAAGACUUGAAGAGAUCAAGGAAAAUCAAGUUGAGAACUUGGUUGAGUAUUUAAAUUCAGUAUCAGAGGAGAAUUGUUGGCAAGCUUUAAUUCAAUCAAUUUGUAUAAUUAUUUUCCAAUCUUGCCCUGAAAGUAAGUAUCGUAUUAUUCAAUAUAGACAAAUUGAAGGAGUUGAAUUGCUUCAACAGAAUAAAGAUCCAAAUUUUACAAGGAACUUAUUAGUUACUCAAGACAAAAAUUUGUAUUAUUAUGUUGAAUAUGACAAUAUAAUGGAUGUUUAUCAAUUCUAUUUUAAACGUUUGAAAUCCCGAAUAUUCUCUAAUAAAGGUUCAUUAUUUUCUAUAUUACUAUCUGUUGUUGGUUCAAGAACUACAGAUAAGAUCCGGUCGGAUAUGGAUGACUUUAUGACACCUUUGGUUGGAAUGUUUGGCCAUUGUAGCCAAGAACUUGUAAAUCUCUUUAUUACAGGAAGUGCAGUAUCUAAUGUUUUUGAUGGUAUAAAAAUUCUGAAUGAUAAUGGAGGAGAAAAUGCUGGAUCAUUAUCUUUAAAAGGCAUCAAUAAGAAAUCAUUAUUGGGUUACUUAACAGAACAUGAGGCGCUACAGUAUUGUAAAGUUGGAUUAAAUUACAAAUAUCCUUUAUACCCUAUUUGGAUUAUUGUGAAUAAAAAUCACUAUAAGUGUUCCUUCAGCUUUAACUUUACUGAGUGCAUAUUAACAGUUUCUCAAGAAUUUACUCAGGUUAUACAAAAGGCUUUUGAAAAGUUUGAUACUGAGAAUUCUGGAUUUAUAUUUGAUAGUCAAUUGGAAAAGUUUCUAAAUGAAAUUAAUUUGGGAGACUAUAUCUUUGAAGUUCAAAAAUUAAGUGAAAAUGGGAUUAUUUUGUGGAAUGAUUUAAAGAAGAGUAUAUUAAGUUUUGUGGGAAUUGAAAAUGAGGUAGACAAUAGGCUUAGUGGAAACAAAAUUGGAGAGGAUUCUUCAUUUAGUCAAUACAAAUUAUGGACUUCAGUUUAUAUAUUUGAUGCCCAAAAACAAGCUGGGAAGAAAUUAAUCAUUUCCGCAAUAUUUCCACUAGAAAACUAUUCGAGAGUUAAAGAUCUUUAUCAUGAGUUUUCUAGUCAUAAAGAAGAGAUAAUUGGAUUUAAUCAAAAUGAUAUUAAUAAAAGAAAAUCUAUUGAAGAAUUAGAUUUAAUAUCAAUUUUGCAAACAAGAUGGGGAGGAGAGACUAUAAUAGAAACACAAAUAUUGAGUCUAUAA